AUGACCAAGGAGCCCCCGGUCGCGACGCGCGCGGAGUGCUGGAUGUGCUCGUACUGCCCCGUCCUCGCGUCCGGCAAGCGCGGUCCCGCCGCCGAGGGCAUGCUCACCGUCCAGAUCGGCACCCCGAACCUCACCUUGCACACCCACCCGAGAGGCGAACCCCUCGCACGUGGCGCAAAGCCCGCGCGGCCAAUCGACCACGGCUUCUACGCGGAGAUGGGCGACUACGUGGUUCAGGCGCUGAGGCCCGCGGGGGACAUCGACGGCGGGCAGAACCCCGCGUUCGACGCCGCGUUCCUCUACCCCGGCCAGGUCCUGCCUCCCCACCUCACCAGGCGGCGUCACGCGCAACCGCAACGAUACUCAUACGAGGAGGAGGAGGACGAGUGGGACGCCCUGCUGAGUUGGUUCGGUCUGGGCGAAUCUCACGACGGAGGAGUCGCAACAGAGAGGGACGCUCUGCCCGCGCCCAAACGCGCGGGGUUUCCCCCGAUUCCAAACCCGGUCGAGUCGACGUCGUACCCGGUGACUCACCGCCCGGUGACUCACCCGCCCGAGCGCCGCGACUCGGCCGACGCGCCACCGCCGGCUGUGCGCCCGGACCCGCCGCCGCCGCCGCCCAGGGUGGACCCGUUCGCGCGCCUACCCCCGACGUACUCGGGGCCCGGCGGCACGCACCCGAGGUUGGUCGACCAGUCACCGCCCGCGAACGACCACCUGCGUCCGGCGGAGCGCGAUCGGGCGACUUGGGCGACGGAGGUUGGGCCGGGUUGUGACUCACCGGGCGGUGACGCGCCGGGCGGCGUCGUCCGGUGGACGUACCGGCCCGGGGACGACCCCGGCGGAGGUGGCGGAGGCGACGACGACGGGGUUCGAUCCGGGGACCUCGACAGACCCGGGGUCCGUCCAGUGAAUGACAAACAGACUGACAGUGCACCCGCCGUCGACGCCGCCGCCCGACGAAGGCUGGAGAAGUUGCGAGCGCUCUUCGGGGACGACUCGGACGGGGACGACGGGGACCUGUUUAACGUGGAGCCUGAUGUGACUCCCCCGGGGACGAAGAACGAGACGACGAAGGGGCUUAUAAAUAAGGUGGAGGAUCUAUGUACGACGGACGACGCGACCGUGGGCGAUUCGCCGGCGGAUGACAAUCGGGAGCCGAAGGAGACCGUUCUCCCGGAGAAUGUUCCGGAGAAUGUUCCGGAGAAGGUGGUCAAGGCGGCGACGGACGCCCCGGCGACGCUCGUCGACGUCGCGAAGGCGUCAAUCGCGCAGGACGUCGCGUCCAUGAAGCGUACGAAAGACGAGGCGCGGGCGGAGCUCGAGUCGCUUCGUGCUCGGUUAAAAGUGCUCGAGGCUUCGUUAGUAGAUGGGGACACCACAGCUGUGUUUUCGGCGGGGGACACGGCUGGGGUGUCCGGGGAUGCGACGGACGCGUCCAAACCGACCGCGUCGAAGGUUGGGGAGGCGACCGCGGCGACGCCCCCGCCCCCCGCGGUCGCCGUCGAGGCGUUGGACUGA